UUAACCGGACUGAUGGUGUGCGCGUGCUCGGCUCCCAUUGUUUUCGUGUUUUCAUUCAUCUCCGCACGCAGCGUGAACAAAGGGGCGUCAGGGUCGCGCUCUGAUUGGCUCCCGGCCACCCGACGCUACCGCGAGCUCCGCCACAGCAGAUGGACCUCUCGUGCUCUCCUCCUCCUUGAUGCACGCGCCCCAGUGAUUGUUUCCAACGGCAGGAGAGCUAGCGAGUUGAACAAGGAGUUUAACGUUAACGGACAUUUCACCUUUUACGGUGAAGAAGAGGAAAAACGGGAGGAGGAGGUGGAAAAGGAGAACCGGAGAGCCUUCGUCCACCGGGUUUGCUCCCUCUUUCUGGUGAUUCAACAAGACCACACAGUCUUCACUACGCUCCUCUCAUGCUUACUGAGAAUGGAUGAUACAGAGUACGGGGUUCAGAUUGGAGAGAACAAGUUCAUCAGGAAGGCAACCGUCCUCUCACAUCUGAAGACGUACAACCUCUACUAUGAAGGACAGAAUCUGCAGCUCAGACACAGAGAGGAAGAGGGGGAGCUGAUUGUCGAGGGUUUGCUGAAUAUCUUCUGGGGUCUGCGGCGACCAAUCAGGCUUCAGAUGCAGGAUGACCACGAGCGCAUCCGACCGCCCCCCUCCUCUACGUCCUGGCACUCGGGUUGCAAUCUGGACAGUCAAGGUUCCCCCAACAGCACAGAUGGUCAACAAACGACACAGCAGAGCCCGCCCACAGUAGAAGUGACAGAACCUGACAGCCAACCAGAGGACGACGGUGUGAUGGAAGAGCAGGCAGAAGAAGACAGUGAGAGCUCUGCUCAGCUGCUCAGAACUAAGAGCGAUGCGGGCGUCUUGAGACGGGGCCAGCGACGGUCACCGAGCGACCAGAGGAAAAUUCGACGCCAUCGCUUCUCUAUCAAUGGACACUUCUACAACCAUAAGACAUCAGUGUUUACUCCUUCUUUCGGCUCGAUGACUAAUGUUCGGAUCAACAGCUGCAUGAGGACACCUCAGGUGCUUCGAGUUCUCCUCAACAAGUUUAAAAUUGAAAACAGCCCAGAUGAUUUUGCCCUCUACCUCGUCCAUGCAAGUGGAGAGCGUGUGAAACUGAAGCGAAAUGACUAUCCUCUGGUGCUGAGAGUGAUUCAGGGUCCAUGUGAGCAGGUCUGCAAGGUUUUCCUCAUGGAGGAAGACCUCGGAGAAGAAGUCACGUAUGAUGUGGCACAGUAUAUCAAGUUUGAAAUGCCAGUCCUGCAGAGUUUCAUCACCAAACUGAAGGAGGAGGAGGACAGAGAGGUGCAGAAACUCAGAAGAAGGUAUACGUACCUGCGGUGUAUAAUUGAAAAGCAGC